CCAAGUUGACGUUCAGUGACUACUAGAUCAUCAGCAAAACGUUGUCCAUUUUUGCAGAUGAUCUAGUGGUCAUUUCUCCCUCACUUUUCUUUCUCCAUCAAACUCACUGCCUUGAGUUCGUAACAUGCUAAUUUAACGGCAAAACCAUCAUCACGUUAGAGACCCAUCCGGCGGAUACAUCAGACAUGUUAACGGAGCUUUUCAGUGGAAUCAUGAUGACUUUGCCUCUGCUCGUCAUCCUUCAUUCUGCGCAGCCUGGUGUACUAUCUUCCAUAAACAACUGUUUAACAGGAGGAUUCUUCUUCGCUUCAGGAAGAAACAUGAUAAACAACUGUGCCCUUCGGGGUCACCUGUUACGUCAGAUGACUGUAACACAGCCAAUCAGAUGCUUUGAAAAGUGCCAGUCUGACUGUCGGUGCAUCUCGUUCAAUUAUCUGACCGAUGUGAAUAAAAAUAACUGCGAGCUUAAUGAGGAAAGUAGGUAUACCAAUUUCAGUGCGUUGAAGCCUCUAGAGGGAUCGCAGUACUACGAUCUAAUCGUCAGCUAUGAUAUUAGGACAAACGUCCCCUUGGCUGAGUGUUACAAUGGAUGUUGUGCAACUCAGACCUGCUUUAACGGUGGAACAUGUCACGAGACUUGUGACGUCACAGGCAAGCGAUUCAAGUGUUCAUGCAAGCCAAACAUCGUUGGAAAGUUCUGUGAAACUGCCACAUGCUCCACUCCUGGCUGGCUCAGAGUUAACAAUUCAUGCUAUAAGGAGUUUAAUGAACAGGUAAACUGGUUUACUGCUCAACAAGCGUGUCAAAACUUGAACAGCAAUCUUACAUCCAUUCAUUCAGAUGCAGAAAACAAGGUUAUUCGGGAAAAGGUUGCAUCAUCAAUUUAUUCAAGAUACUGGAUUGGACUUAACAACUUAAGAAACAACUCCGUGUUUGAAUGGAAUGAUGGAUCUUCUGUGUCAUUCACUAAAUGGUAUCCUGAUGAACCAAAUAAUAACGGAGACGAAAAUUGUACUGAGGUCGUGGAUAACGUCGCUGGCGAAUGGAAUGAUUUGAACUGUUAUACUCAUUACAGGAGUUACGUUUGUGAAAAGCAAUGGAACCUUUGAAGUCUUUCACUUUGAAGAACUUUACUUUUGAUCACGAUGCUCUCUUGUUUCAAGCCAUGAAUUUUAUCUCUGUAGGAUGUAAAAUAUCUCUCUUUAUACUGAGAGAAGAUGAGACCCCCAUCUACCAAAGCCCAAGAAGGACAUUGCACAGUGUCAGUUAAUUUUGCUACUUUUUAAAAUUCACCUGAUCUUGUCAGGAAUGGGUUGAUAAUGAGCUAAAUUAAAAGACCGAGUGACAUGAAGGGCUAGAGGAGCGUUUAGCUCCACUGGGUGAGAAAAAUCUGCUCAAACCCAUUGGAAACAUUACAUUUGUAGUUUAUACUUUGAGUUUAUCUUAUCGCUCGUGUAAUUUCAGUGCACCGUAAUGAUUUCUCCAAAUAUACGAGAAGUCAGUCUUUGAGAUCUCAGAGCCAAGUCCUUCUCACAAAAAAUAAUGUAGUCAGACAUCCCUCCAUAUUUCUCGACAAA